AUGUCUCGAUACUUCAUAAAUAAUGUGUGCAAUAAAGGAGACCAGUGUCGUUUUUCACAUGACCCUGCUGUUGCUCAGCCAUCUAUGUUCUGCCGGUAUUACUUAAAGGGAACAUGUGCCUAUGGAGAUAAGUGCAGGUAUGAACACAGUGUGCCAGAUUAUGUUGGCAAAGUAUAUGCUCCUCAAAGUAAUGCUGCUGCUGCUGUUGCUGCUGCUGCUGCUGCUGCUGCUGCUGCUGCUUCUAACCGGCCUGAUGGGGUCAUCUCUCACUAUGCUCUGAAAGUUUCUGAGGAAUCAUUGGCACAAUCUAGUCAGCCUAAUGCACUAAGCCCAAGUGUUCCAGUGGGAGGCAAUAAUAUAGCUUACCGGUUGCCAACUAUCAACCAGAACACUGUCAUACAUCAUCAGCCGGUCUCCAAUGGAAUAUCUAGUGCAAGAGAAAUGAUAAGGCUUGUUGCUUUGAGCAUUACUCAAUUUGUUGCUUUGAUACUUGAUGCCCAUAGAAUUCCACACAAUCUGACCACGUAUAACAACAGAAAAAAUAUGUCUGUGGAAGAUGCCAGAAGCAGUGCAAGGAACCUGGAAAUUGUUGUCAUAAAGCUGGGAUCCACUAUUUGCAGAUGUAUGAACUGUGCAACUCCAGAUGUACUAAUAGAGUUUGGUAAUCUGCUGGUAAAUUUCUGGGCAGAUGCCAAAGAACCAUGUCCAAACUUACCCUUCACUUCUGACGACUUAGCACAGGUUGUCACUUCUCCAGAUGGGCGACACUUCCUUGAAAUUACUCUAGGUCAACUUCAGGGUUUAAUGACUGCACUAAAAUCAUUACAAAAUUAGCUACCAAUAGUUGUUUUUAUCACUAGCACCUCGUUUCCUUUCCUGUUAUUGUAAUAUUCAAGUGCCAUCUUCCUUAAGAUUAUUUAUUGCAUAAUUAGGGAUAAACAGCUCAUAACCAAAUGAGAUCUCCUUUAUCAGAAAUAAUGAUAUACAGUAAUACUUGUUUUAGUACUGCUAAUAAUAAUUUUUAUUUUCAGCAGUCUUAAAAUUGUGUACAAGCACUAUUAAGUGUUAAAGGAAAGGUUCAAAGUUCUCUUGCAUACAUGCACGAAUAUAGGAAAAAUCAGUGUUAGAAAGUAACAGUGUUUUAAAUAGUGGUAGCGUCAAGUUCCAGGUGCAGUUUUGAUAUAAGCAGUGUAGGAAAUAUAAAUAUUAAUAUGUUAAUAGAACUUGUAGUUGGAAAGUUGGUUUUAUAAUAUUUUUUAUAUGUCAAUGUUUGUGCUGGCGUGAUAAAUUCUUUGUGGAGGUCACUGAUAUUGUCUUGUAUUUUUCAUAAAUAUUGUUAAAGCUU